ACGCGGCUCCGAGUGUUCAUUCUAUACCAAACAAUAUUUUGUCUUGGCGUGUGAAAAGUAGUGAUAUUAACUAUUUGGUGUGUUUAAAUGUGCUAAUAUAAGGAAUAUGUUUAUUGCCGUGUGCAGCUGCUAUAGUUGCGGAGGAAACGUUUCUCGUUAGUGAAAAUGGACGACCAGUUCUUGUAGACCAAGAAAACCAUGAAAAUAUUACUGGACACAAGAAAAGUGUAAAUACUAAUUCCUAUUACUAUAAACGUGUAAAUGAAACCAUGGAGUGUAAAGUCUACGAAGUUCCCAACGAACAAACGCCUUCUACAUCAGAAUACGAUUUUCAACAAAGAAAAUUAACAACAGAAAGUAUCAAACAAGACACCGCAGAAGGACUACAUCCAGAACAGAUAAAUGACGUAACAAGUAUGGAUGUAACUGGUGAUGAUCAACAGCCGAGGGUUAAUGAAUUAGAUAAAUUCAAGAGGCGAAUGAUUAGAGCGAUAGCGAGAUUGAUGGUAGAAGAGAAGAAACCUGAAGCUGAGAUAUGGAACGUACUUAGAAAGGAAACGUCCUGUGAUUGUAAAUUACUUUGGACGCGCAUGCGCGCACUUACAAUAAAGAAAUUGAAGAGGCUAUUCGACGCCAAUGAUCGUAAUGAAAAUGUAACAAAAAUCGCUCGGCUGUCUGUGACCGACUGGUUAUUGUUUGAUCUGACAUUGGUGCAUGAAGAUGUCGACGUCAUUGGGCAGGAAAAUGAAAAGAUUAAAAAGGAACCGCAGAUUCUAGAAGAUCUUUUCAAAUUAGUUAUGAAAUAUAAGAUUGAGUAUUUGUGCGGGGACCCGCUAACAAUAGCCUGGAAUGAUUUAACCGCUGAAUAUAAUAGUCGAGGGCGCAAAUGUUCCCAAAUGUUACUACAGCGUCGCUGGUAUCAGUUGAAGCAGCAUGUCCGAUCCAAAUUUUACAAAUUUUGGUUUGAAUAUCGUGGUGCUUUAAAAAAUUUGGAACAAGCCGAGAAAUAUAAACCAACUGAUUUAGAUGUGGAAAUCGUUAAAGCAUUCAUGUCGGUUGUUACGGAUCCAUUUCCAACUUGGCAGCAGUUAAUAGAAAAUAAAAGAGUUUCCUUACUAAAGGAUUUCGAACGUCUCCCAAUGACUAAGAAAAAAAUCGCACAGGUGGAUGAUGAUGAACCAGAUGUUUUACUAAUAGAACCUCAUGUUGAAACAAUUGACUUAGGCCUUGAUUCUGAUGAAGACACGAGGGAUUCAAAUGGAUCAGUUAUAGAUGUUCAAUUAAAUAAUGAGCCGACUGCAGAUAGUAAUGAUGAAAAUGAGAGUUUGACUGCAGUCAAAACCGAAUCAAUAUAUGAUAUAUGUGAUGAAGACGAAGUUAGUAAACUUGAAUCAAUGCAUAUACCACUAGAGUCAAAGGCAAAUUUAGUAAUAAAUCAGUGCGAUCAAGAAAUAAAAGCAACGAAUUUGGAAAAAACGAAUGUUUCAACUAAUCAAAUUCAAGUCAGUCAUCAUUGUGUAGAAGAUGAAGUUGAUCUGAUUGUUAAUGAUGAUGAUAUAGUUAAUACUCAACAAGCUCAAGACAAUGAUUUCGAAAUCGUUAUGCCAAAGAUUACAAGUAUAACAAGUACAGCGAAUAUACUAGAAAUCAAUCUUGAAAAUGAUAACACUACUAACGGAAUCAACAAUACGUUGGAUAAUAUCACUGAUAAAAUUCCCGAAACUAAAUCCGAUACUGUCACUGUAACUGAAGAAAAAUCUAAAAACAAAGAAGAAAUUACGAUAGCUAAUAAAAAGAUAAAAGAACCGAGUUUGUACAACGAGGACGUCCCACAUGAUAUGCAUUUGAUUGAUGGCAUUGAACUAGAAGAUGAUGGAAUUGAGUAUAUCGACGAAGACGAACAUACGAUAGAACCAAAGGAAGAAAUAAAACUUGAAGCGGAUAAUCAUAUUUCGACAAAGGAUGACGAUGAUGACACUCCUAAAAUCGACUUAAAACUUUUACUUAAUCCGGUAGUUUUUACAAAGAAACUUGAAGAUAUGGAUGUUUUUCGAUUUAUUGAUUUUAUGACGAUAAAAGAUAGACGUGUUUUAGAAAAUGCUGUGAUUGAAAGCAAACCGGUCGAUAAGAAAUCCGUUAAAAUUGAUACAAUUUCGAAAGAAUGUUGUGACGUACCAGAAACCAAUGUAAAUAGUGAUGAAGCAUCAGAGUGUAGUACUGAAAAUGAAUAUGAAACGAUAAAAUCUACAAGUUGGUUGUUUCGAAAACCAAGAACUGUAACGUAUAAUCCAAUACAGCUAUGCAAAAAUCCGGACUUUAAUACUCGAUUAAAAAGACUGACUGCCGGUUUCUUUACUUCGCAACGUAAUAGACAGUUACUCAAUAGUUGUAAGCCUUUAACUAUAGAUGUUCAUAAGGCAUUUGAGGUGAAGCUUGUUAAUAAUUCUUUAUUUUUAGAAAAAAGUUUUGUCUUAGAAUCCCAAGUUUCAGAAACAACAAGCACCGUCGAAAAAUCUGUUCUACCAUCAGAAUUACCAGGUCAAAGUUUAAAUUAUAAUGUGCAAAAUGCAACAUCUAUUCCGUCAACAUCAAAAUUAAACCAAGUACCAAAUGAUGAAGUUAUUUGUGAAGCCUGUCCUGUAAAAGGAAAUAAAGUUAUAAAUCUCCCUGAUUUAGAUCAAAUUCGUCGUAAAAAUGAAGGAUUACUUAUAGCAGAGGUGACACCACUUCAAGCUGUAAACUUAAAUAGCAAACCACCAGUUUCAAUAGUUCAGAAAAACAAAAUGAUUCAAGAAAACGUCUUAAAUAUCAAUAAAGUUGACAACAGUGACAUCGCUAAAGAUUUAAAUAAUAUCCAUGGAAGUACAACUGCUGUUAGUACGGCAGAACUAAAAAAUAAGAAUUUUAGUAGUAGCGAGGCUCCCGUUGAAGAAACAGAAAUUUUAUGUAAUGAUUAUAGAAGUGAUUUCAAUCAUGUAAAACAAGGUUAUAAUCAAGCUAUAAAAUUUGGUAAUAAACCAAGGAGAGCUGCUGUUAAAUACAAAGUAGGAAAUGUCGCCGUGACGUGGAAUUCGAGAGGAAGCUCCACCUUUCAUGCUAAUAAACAGGAUGACCGUUUGUUAGCACCAGAUACUGUCCAAAGAAUAAUAAGCGUGUGUAACGGAAUACAUCAACAUUUCACAAAAAAACAGAAUAUAGCAAACAGAAAGAAGUAUUAUAGAUCGGGACCAGGAUCAAAUUUAAUAAAAAAAACUGUUUGCGAUGAAUUCAACUUAAGUAGUCAAAAACCACAACCAGAAACUAAUGAAAUCCAACUUAAAGAGAUACAUUCACAUAAAACAGAGAUAAAAGAAGAUCAAGAAAAACAACAGCCAGCAACAAUCCAAAAAGAAACUAUCCACCAAAGUGAAAUUGAAACAGUAACGAUAGAAAAUUGCGUAACGACGAAGAAUAACUAUGAUGGUCAUACCGUGCAAAAUUAUGGAAUCAAAAAUAAGGGAAUCGGUAAAAAAAGAAAAAACAGUUAUUGCUGCUGGGCGCGCGAAAAAAUAUUAUUUUGGAACAAUCAAAUCCAACGCGUAAGACGUCACUUGUGCCCACGACAAAAAUGUACUUGCUGUUGUAACAUUAUCUACAUCACACAAUUAAGGCAAAGGCGACAAAAAAGAUAUACAAACGUGUCUUCAAUCUGUAACUUGGUUUCAGACGACGAUAGUGAUCAUAAUACAGAAAACUUAAACGUCCCUCAAAAAACGCUUAAGGAGACAAAAGAAGCUUCAGAAAAAAUAACGAAAAGAAUAGACAAACAAUUGAAUAAAACAUCAAAAAAAGUUAGUGUUGGCACUAAUACAGAUUUUGAUAAAGAAUUUGAAGCAAGUUAUGCAGCUAAUGUUAAUAUUUCAAAUUAUGCUCAUGAAACUCAGCCGGCUAUUACUGAUGUAUUCUGUUUUGAUAACAAAGGUAGUAGCAGUAAUUCAACACAAACAUUCACAUAUACAAAAAAAGAAUCUGUUUCAUCGUUAAAAUUCGCGGUAACGUCUGACAUUAUUGGAAAAGAAAAAUCACAUCUUAAUAAUGAUGUUGAAAGUGAUGCAUUAAAUAAUGUUUCAUCACCAUUGGAAAAAGUAAUUAUAAAAAAAGAUAAACCGACAAAAUAUGGACCGAAGUGCAAGACGAUCGUUCGUGCAGCUACAAAUUAUAUACAAGCAGCGUCAAGCCUGUCAAACACAAAUAAAGACAGUUUACUAUGUGAAAAUCCCAACAACGUUCAUGCAGCUUCAAAUUAUACACUAAGAGCGCCAAAACCAGAUGAAGAAGGAUUACCAACUGAACAUCCUAAUAAAGUAAUUGUUUUACAAAAAAACGUAAAACCAAAUUUGUCUCAAAAACCUAUAUGCUUAGGCAAAAAUAAAAUAUUACUUUGCUCAUUACAGCCAUUAAGUAAAACCAGUAUGAUUGAUGUUACUCAUUUAGUUGAAAAUAUUAAACCACAAAUGCUUAACUGCGGAAUAAAUACACAUAUACCAACUCUUAUACCAAAUGGUGUACACUUAGUUUUACUACCUAACCAAGAGUUGGUACUCUCUAUAGAUCCUGGGGUUGAAUUAAAUCCAACUCAAAUAAAUUAUUUACCUAUUAUUUUAAAUUUGGUACAACAGCAACUUUACGCUCUAGGUGCUAUUAAUAAAUUGCCAAAGGCGAAUAUACUUACAUCAGAUGAUGUUAUUCAACUCUCUGACGAAGAAACAGAAAAUAUAAACGCAGAUAAAGCACAUAAUGAUAAUUCAAAUUUAGAAAAUAUAAAAGAAGUUCGACAUACGCCUGAUUCGAAGUUAAGCGAUGUAGAAAAUGACAUCUCUCUCAACAAAGCAGAUAAAUAUAUAAACGAUGAUAGCUUUUCGAAUAUUGCUUCUAGUGAUACUCUUCCCGUGGUACUUAUUAAUGAAUUUGAAAAUGAAAAUGAAAAUAAACCUAAAGUUGAUGGGGCAAGUGAAACUGAAUCUGGAAAAGACUUAAGUGAAGUGGAUAAACAACAAAAUAUGUUCACCGACGACUCGACUAUUACCGUAGAUGCAGUUUUAGAUGACAACAAAAAAGAAGAUUUAAAUGAAACUACAAAAACGUCUAAAAAAACUAUAAUAUCAGAUCUUAUGGAAAUGUCUGGUAUAUCGUUAGAAGAUACUGUUGUUACAAAUACUGAAAAUCCUAUAAAUCUAAUUCCUCCACCACAGCCAAUUUCCAUCAUCCAAGAACCAAUUAAAGAACCUAAUAAUUUAUACGGUAACAAAGAAGAAGAAGCGAAUACUAAUAAUAUAUUUAACAAUCCUUUCGUUCAAGCAGCAUUGACGAAAUGUCCGGAAUUGUACAUUGUAUGUUCUUAUGAGGAUUUAAAAUAUGCUUAUAAAAAUAAUGGCCAAUUUUAUAAAAUGGACAUUGAGAAUGGGAUCAUAGUACCCAUAAGCGUAUCUAUAAAAAAACAAAUGGUCAACAAGAAUUUAAAAUUAGACAAAACACUAAAAUCAGUAAUUGAUUUAACUGAAGAAGAAAAUACCGAUAACAAUACAUUUAGUGCAGAAUCAAAGUCUGACGAAAGUAAUAUUGAUACUUUCAUAGAAAAAGGUUUUUCAUCGAGUGGUGUGAAACCAAUUAAAUUAUUUAAAUCCGUUCACCCAUCAAUAUUAAGACACAAUUUUAAAACGUUAUCAAUGCGACAAAAUAGUGCGGAUUUUAAUUCUAAAAUACUGACGAAAAAAGUCAUUAAAGUUAUCAAACAUAAAAGAAAACAAGUUCUUAAAACGCGAGAACCGAAAACAAAAAAUUUGAAGAAGUUAGUACAUGAAGUAGAAGGAAAUAAUAUAGAUUCAGAAUCAGAUGAUGAGCCCUUAGCAUUAAAAGCUAAGCGUAUUAGAAGAAAAUCAGUCGAAAUAUCAGAAAAUAUUGAUGAAGUAAAUAGCCAUAACGAAAAUAGCCAGUUAGAAGUUCAGCCGCUUUAUGAACAAGGGGCUAAUUGCGACGAGGCAACUUCACACAGUCGGCCUAUGUCAGUAGAAAAUCAGGGAGAAACCUUUGGUUCCAGUCAUUUGCCAAUUAUAUUUCAAUCCAAUGAUGAUGAAUCUUCGGAAGAAGACUGUAUUCUAGGUGUGUAAAAAGCUCUUAAUUUCCUAAGAAGUAAUUGUUUUAUCUUUAGUAAAUAAUGCCAAGCAUUCUCGUGUAAAUAAUAAAAUAAUGAAAAAAUAGUAGAACUUACAUUCUUGCACGUUACUCGUAGUUAUUUAAAUUCCUUGAAACUGUGAUAUUAUUUUUAGGGUUUAUUAGUCAAACCAUUUUCUAAUUACUGUUCGUGAAUCUGUUGUAACUUUCAUUGUUUAGAUUACUUAUGAUAAAUUUGAAAUGUUUGACUUUAGAACUCAAUAUUUAUAGUAAUUUACUUAAGGUGGUGAGAGAAGUUGAAUUUUAAGAUGUAAUAAAGAGGUAUUAAGAUAAUCUAUGUUUGUGUGGUUUAUCCGAUCUCAUAUUCUUAUCCAAGUCAUAAAAAAUAUCUCAAACUAAACGUAUAUUAUUAUCAGCUAAGGGUCAUUGAAACGUUGCGUAAUUAGUAAUUUAACAAUUCUGAACACUGGUCCUGACCCAUAAAUCUUCUAAUAUGUAAGUUUGUAUAAAGAUUUUUAUUAUGCUUGCAGUAUUUAAUACAACAUCAUAUUUUUUAUAGUCUGUUUUCAAACAGCAGGGUUGAUAGAUAAUAUUAUAUACAUAAAAAUAUACCUAAGAAGGUAAAGAUGUAUA